UGAACACGCUACGACGAUGCCCCGCACCAGCACCCGAUCCACGACGCGAACACAUGAAGCCAUGGCGGCGCCAGUGAUGACCCGCCGUCAACGAACGGCAACGAACUUGACGCUUCCAGAGCUAUCACUACCUAGGCAUCGCCGCGUCAGGGCGAGCGCUUCCGAUGCUCCAACGGCGCUGGCUCCGAGAAAGGUCACCAAGACAAUGUUCGACGACAUCGUUAUUCUCAAAAACAAAAAGCACGCCGUUAUUCCCGAAAAGAUGCAUGGAAAGACCGCGGAUGCUAAAGGCUCGAAACGAAGGCGGACGCCACCUGCAUUACCUGCAGGGGUCAAGUUGAUCAACCCCCAUUAUAGCAGCGGCACGGACGAAGAUGACAUGGAAGAAGCAGACGCGCCAGUCGUCGGCCAGGGCUUUCCUCCGUCACUUCGAACGCUCGAGAAGGAUACUAUACUCAUGAGAAAGCAAUAUCCAGGGCUGGACGUACAGGUGAUCGAACAGGUCCUCGUCGACACGAUUCCGAAGGAGCAGAACCAGCACUCGUACAACGCCAUCCUUACAGAAGCCGCGGCUCGUCUGGAGAAGCUACACGACGACGUCAUCACAGCGCGGCGGCGGACGCUCCGGCAUGUCGACUGACGAGUUGCCCGCGCGAAGCGAUCAAAUCUAGUGUUUGCCAAAGUUACAAUUAUAUAAAUUAUGCAAUUUUACACUUGUUUAUUGUAUGGCUAGGAUUUUGUG